GGUUCCUUUCACAGAGUCUCCCACUAAAACCAAGUUUGACUCCUCUGUUCUCUAAACUUAUUCAGUCAGGCUUUGCCAGUCUCUCUCUUCAAAAAUCUCUGUGCUCAAUCCCCACCCUUCAUUUAUUAUUAAUCUGUCUCUCUCUCUCUUCUUCAUUACACACUCCCCCGCCACUGAGAAAGAAAAUGAAUGAAUCUUUCUUCAGUGGAUGGGACAGGACUAAUCAAGGAUCAGCUAAUAUUGGCAUCCAAACACGGCUUACUACACUCUCUUCCUCGAGCCCCUACCUUCUCUCUCUCUCACCAGUCAUCACCUUGGUUAGAUUCCUGCUUUAACUCUCUCCAUCCCUUUCUCUCUCUCGUGUUCACUCUCCUCCUCGGGGUGGUGGAAAAAAUAAAGACGACAAAAAAAGAAAAGGGAAGACCACCUUCCCUCUGAACCACCUUGCCAUUACUUCUUCUCUCUCUCUCUAACUCAAUGACCACCAUUUUUUGCAGUCACUCUUCUUCCCACAAGAUAAAACGGCUGUUAUACUAGCUUCUCCAUAUCUCUAACACCUUCAACAUUUCUCCUACCAAAUCUUUCAUAUUCCAUCAAAUGCUCUUUUCUACACUGAAAAUCCUGCCCACCAACACUCCAGUUCAAUGGACCAUCUGCUAAACUAUUAUUAGCUUUAGCAGCUUGGCUUGGCCAGUGAGAAAACACAGUGAGAGUGAGAGAGAAGAAGUAGUGUUAUAAUGGGUUGUGUGGCCUCCAAGUUGGAGGAAGAAGAAGUAGUCUCUAUCUGUAGAGAGAGAAAGACUCAGCUUAAGCUAGCCGUAGAUAGAAGGUAUGCUCUUGCAGAAGCCCAUUGCAGAUACUUCCGAGCACUCUAUGGAGUCGCAGCUGCUUUAAAUCUCUUUGUUGCUCGACAUUCUUCACCUUCUUCGCCAUUUCUCAUCACUUUACCACCCCCUUCUUCUUCUUCUCCUCCUUCGUCUCCAACGAAAGAAAACAUGGUCUCCAAUCCUCUCUUCCUUCAGCAAACACCUUCUGAGCCCAUCCAGAAAGCCAUUGGCUGUGAAACAUUUCGUUCGACAACAUCUGAUGGAUCGUCUGAACAGGACAUAGAAGAAAAAGUAACUCUACACAGAGAAGAGGAAGAGGAAGGACCACAAUGUGGGUACUUUUAUAUGCAAAUGCCCACUCAGAUGCCAUCGCCAAAGCAAGAUUACGGCUGGGAUUUCUUCAACCCCUUUGAUGAAAUGAGACCAGAGAUGAUAAGCGGGUACAGACGAAACUCAGACGAGGAUGUGAGGCUGGUUAGAGAAGAGGAAGGAAUCCCAGAGCUGGAAGAGGAAGGAGAGAACACUAAUGAAGAAGAAGAAGACGCGAAUAAUGUUGUACAGGAACAAGUGAAGAAGAACGUAGAGAAAGAAUGCGAUGGAAGUCAAGCUGUGAAGGUAGUAGAGGAUGAUGUAAGCCAGGCAGAGCAAAAUGGUUUAACGGUUGUUGAUUCACAAGAGAGUGGUAGAGAGCUUCUAGAAGCUCUCAAGGACAUUGAAGACCAUUUCAUAAGAGCUUACGAUUCCGGUAAAGAAGUUUCCAGAAUGUUGGAAGCCACUAGGUUUCAUAUGCAACCUGAUUUGGAAGAAACCAAAGAUAACUCAUCAAAACUUAUCCAAGCUAUCACUUGGCGUUCCAUUUCGCGGUCAUCCUCCAGCAAAAGUCUGGUGGCUUCGAGUUCUAGAAGUUCUUCAUGGAACGAGUUUAAUAAUGAUCUGUUUGACGACGAUUAUGGUGGAAUGGAUUCCGGGAGCCAUUCCUUCACUCUAGGACGACUAUAUGCAUGGGAGAAAAAGCUUUUCGAAGAGGUCAAGUCUGGAGACAGCACAAGAAAACUGUACGAGAAGAAGUGCAGUCAAUUAAGGAAUCAUGAUGCCAGAGGAGAUGAUGAAAUUUGUGUGGAUAAAACAAAGGUCGCAGUCAAGGAUCUGUAUAGCAGGAUCGUGGUGGCAAUUAGGAGAGCCGAGUCUAUCUCAAACAAAAUCGAGAAGCUGAGAGAUGAAGAAUUGCAGCCUCAAAUUGUUGAACUAUUGAAAGGUUUGAUGAGAAACUGGAAGAUUCUUUUGGAAUCUCAUGAAAUCCAGAGCAAGAUUAUUAAUGAAGUGAAAUCUUAUAACUGUCCUACCUAUGGGAAGUUCUGCAACAACUCUCAUCGGCUGGCAACCCUACAACUAGAGACUGAGCUUCAGAACUGGAAAACUUGUUUGAUGCAAUACAUGGUGGGACAGAAGGCGUAUGUGGAGGCUCUGAAAGGAUGGCUGUCUUUGUUUAUUGCACCAGAGGUCGAAUUUUAUUCUAGAGGAAGGAGUUCAUCUCGAUUAUGUGGAGUUCAGAGGGGUCCCCCUUUGCUAUCGCUCUGCAAUGACUGGUUGACUAGAGUAGGGAACUUGCCUAACAAGGCUGUUGCAUACUCGAUGAGGAGCUUUGGGAAGGAUUUGAGGGCGCUGUGGGUUCAGCAAGGGGAUGAACAGCAGCAGAAAAGGAAAGCAGAUAGAUUGGCAAAAGAGUUAGACAGAAAGAUUGUUUUGUUCCAGAAGAUGGAGCAAAGGAUCAUGUCUGAGCCAAAACUUUUGGAAUUUUACCCAAGUCAAGAACCAUUUGAGCAACAUGAUGAUUUAUUGGGAGAGAAGAAGGAUAUGUUGGAUGGGUUUAGGAGGAGGGUAGAUGAAGAGAAGGAAAAACACCAGAAUUGCAUGCAAGAAACUCGGAGGAUCACUGUUAACGGAUUUCAGACAGGCCUAGGUGGAAUUUUUCAGUCGUUGACAGAGUUCUCUAGAGCUACUCUAAGGAUGUAUGAAGACAUUCUCAGUCAUGGCAUGGAUAAUGAAAAAGAUGAAAAAACUGGGUGUAUAGAAGGCUCUCAGAAUGAAGGUGGCAGCACCUGACAGGUUAUAUUUUAAUAACCAAAUUAGGGCGCCCUGUUAUUAGUUUUAUACUGUAUGCAUUAUGUCAAAGCAACUUGCUGAGACAACAUUUUAUUUGCAUUUAGCAGGAUUUUUUUUUUUUGGGUGAUUUGUACUUUUGACAAUCAAGUUAGUUGUUUAUCAUGUAGAUUUGUAAUGUUGUCCAACUUUUUGGUGUAAGAUACUCAUUUAAGAUCCCCCUCGUGCUAUCA